AAAAAGUAAGUGGUUAGAGGAUAAAUGUCCUUUAUUUUCUCUUCCGUGUGAGUAUUUUAAAACGAAACUCUAGAAGCUGGUAACACCAAUUUGCGAGUGUUUUCCAAACAGUUUGGAAGGAUAAAUAGCUUACGGAAAUAACAGUCAAAAUGGCACGCGAGAAACUCAUUAGUAUGCACAUAGCAUUUGUGUUUUUGUUGUAUCAUGUGUUGAUCGGCAUUGCAACAGAUAUCACAGACAUUCGGCUGGCUAAUGGCGUUGGUCUGUUUGACGGUAGAGUUGAGGUACUGAUGAAUGGAACUUGGGGAACAAUCUGUGACACAUUUUUUACAUCCAGAGAAGCAAAUGUUAUAUGUAAUACACUUUUUGGUACACCUCAGCACCAAAGAUACUAUAGGUAUUCGGACGCCUAUGGAGCUGGAACAGGUCCUAUUCAUAUAGACCAUCUUGACUGCAUGGGAUGGGAGACGACAUAUUUCAAUGAGUGCACCUAUAGCCUAGAUGUGUCAUGUGCAGAUCAUAGCCAUGAUGUAGCUGUUGCUUGUAAGGUUUUUCCUUUAAAUAUCACCAAAACGCGACUCAUAGACGGUAGUGGACCCUACGACGGUAGGAUUGAGUUAUAUGUCGGUGGCCGGUGGGGCACAAUAGAUAGAAGAUCUGUACACAAGUUUGAAGCACAGACUAUCUGCAGAACACAUGGUGCAAGCUUAGCUAUGUAUUUUGAUACUGCAAUAUAUGGGGAAGGAACUGGGCCAGUACUGAUAAGAUAUAUUAAUUGCAAUGAAGAAAAGGAUACUAUAAAUAGCUGUUCAUUAAAAGCUCCGAGUCGUAGUUCAAGCUCUCACCGGUACGAUUUAUCCAUAGCUUGUACACCUUGUGGUUUACCAGACAUUUAUAAUGGACAUCCAGUUGCAUUCAAUGGAACAGAAUUAACAGUGACAUGUCAUACAGGAUUCUAUCCAACCCAGAUAAAAAUGAAAUGUCUAAAUAAUGACAGUUGGGCCGAGGAACAAAGAUGUACACCCUUUAAUGCGUUUCCACUGAAAAUUAGCGACAUUCAGUUAAAGAAUGGUGAAAGACCAUCCAAAGGACGUGUUGAAAUUUUGGUUAAUGGAACGUGGGGGACGAUUUGUGACACUAAUUUUGAAAUUGCAGACGCAAAUGUUGUUUGCAAAAUGCUUGGACUAGAAUACAGGAGUUAUUACACUUGGGUUAGCGAUGACAGUGGUAGACGUGGAGGUCCUAUAUACGUAAACAAGUUGAAUUGCAUUGGAACAGAGUCUCAUAUAAACCAUUGCAGUUAUGAGAUUUCAAACCACUGUACCCAUUUUGAUGAUGUAGCUGUUGAAUGUACAGGACUAACCUUAAACAUUACGGAUGCAAGAUUAGUCAAUGGAACUGGCCCAUAUGACGGACGUGCGGAAAUCAAUGUUAACGGUACAUGGGGAACGAUUUGCGAUAAAAACUUCGAUCUACAGGCAGCAGAUUUAUUUUGUGAUUUGAUGGGACUGAGGGCAGCUCAUUAUAUCACUGGUGCAAUAUACGGCGAAGGAAGUGGUCCAGUCUUCAUUGAUGAGCUGUUUUGUGAAGAUGAUGACUAUUCCCUCAGAAGCUGCAGAUAUUUGUCCCAUAACGAAUGUAGUCACGAGAGAGACAUAUCUGCCGUUUGCAAUGACUGUGGAACACCAGACAUCUAUCACUGGGGUCACGAUUACUUCACCUACAAUGGCACAACGUUGUUUGCCGACUGUUCGCACGAUAAGAGAUCCAUUGGAAAGCUUGAAUUGACGUGUGAUACCCAUACGCAAAAAUGGAUCACAGAAGGAGAAUGUCAGGAAUAUAGCUUUCCAUUGGAUAUAACUGAAAUAAGAUUGUCUGAUGGUCCGAGUUCAACAAAUGGAAGGGUCGAGCUCAAGUUAUUGGAUACAUGGGGAACAGUAUGCGACGAUCUUUUUGGAAUGAACGAGGCCAAUGCUAUCUGUAGUAUGUUAGGAUACCCUCCAGCAAAAACGUAUUAUCUCAAUGCCCAUUAUGGAUCAGGCACAGGGCCAAUAUUUGUGGAUGGUCUGAGCUGUGACAGAGACGCAUCACAUAUUAACAACUGCACCUAUGAUACAAAAGACAACUGUGAUCAUGACGAGGAUGUUUCUGUUGUUUGCACAGAUCGAAAAAACAACGGUUUGAGCAUAGACAGCACAGGAAGUUGUAAUCCAGCAUGUAAAGCGUGCACAUCGUAUGACGACUGCACUGCGUGCGCAGCUAGGAAGUAUGGAUCAUCCUGUCAACACGAGUGUGGAGUUGGUUGUCAAAAUCUUAUAUGUGACAUAAAAAGCGGGAGUUGCACAUGUUCAUCAAAUUUUCAAGGUGAUAAUUGUGAUCAAUGUGUUAACGGUAAAUACGGUAAAACAUGUGAUAUCAACUGUCCCAGAGGUUGCGCAAAUGAUGUAUGUAACGGUAGUGGUGAUUGUUAUAGUUGCAAGACUGGGUUUACUGGAAAUAUGUGUACCCAGUGUGAGUAUGGUAAAUAUGGAACUAAUUGUGACAUUAUAUGUCCAUCUGGUUGCAGCAAUAACACUUGUAAAGAUAAUGGGGAUUGUCAAAGUUGCGAGGAUGGGUUCACAGGAAGUAAAUGCGAUCAAUGUGUCGCCGGUAAGUAUGGAAUCAACUGUGAACAUGAUUGUUCGAACAACUGUGCGGUUGAAACUUGUAUUAAAACAACAGGUGUGUGUAAUGAUGGCUGUAGAAUUAACUUUUACGGCCAGCAAUGUAACAUGACGUGUUCGGCGACAUGCUUACCAGAUGGCGAAGGUAGGCGGUGUUUUUAUACGAAUGGAAGUUGUGUAAAAGACUGUCAAAACGGAUACUAUGGCGACAUGUGUGAAGUCCGUUGCAGUGAAAACUGCAUCAACAUUGUCUGCUUAAAGGCAAACGGUGGAUGUAAAUUCGGCUGCGUUGACGGAUUUAAAGGAGAAGGAUGCACACAAUCUAUAUUAGGGAUGAUAUCCAAUUCUGAUAACACGGCCAAUUCUUUGAAUGUUAAUGCAAUCAUUGGAGGUGGAGUUGGAGCUGUGGCACUUCUUGUUGCUGUUGGAGUAAUCAUUAAAAUGAGACGACGCCUAACAUGCCUAAGAUAUGGACACCUAACCAGACACAAACCAGAAUACUUAUACGAGUUAACAGAUGCCGGACGGAAAAGUUAGAACAAACACAGGCUAAAAUGAAGCGUAUUUUAUUCAUCGACUACCAUACCAAGUUUCAUGCUUUUCACAGAAGGUGCACACAUCGCCCCCUUUUAAUGCACGGAUUUCUUGCACUAUGUGUAUAAAUAAAUGGUUUGUAGCUAUAUACGGCAAGCUUCUGUAUAGUAUUAUUUAUACACCCAGAGAGAUUUUUAUAUGGAGAAAGAUGACAAAAGAUAUCUGCAAGAAGAAUACAUCUGUGUAUACUGACAAUAAUUAUUGCACGAUAAACGGGCUAUGUUUUCAACGCAAAGUUAGUUGCUAGUAAAUCCGUUCUGAAAGGAAUUAUGCAGUCGUCACAUUACAAAAUCAGACUGCUAUUAUGUUAUUUUUUAACACUUGCAUGGUAUUUUAUAAUAUAGUUUUUUUAAUCAUUUAUUAACUAGCAUCUACCAGUGUCAGAGAGAAGGAACAAUUUAUGUUUACGGAGAUUUUAACAGUCGAUGUGGUGAAUUAAAUGUUUUUAUUAUUGGUGUUGAUGAUAUACCACAUAGAAUUGUAAUUGAUUUAAAAUUACUGUAGAUCACUAUGGUGAGCUUUUGAUAGAUUUUCUAGUCAAAACAAAUAUGGCCAUAUUGAAUGGUAGAAGUAACUGUAUAAAUGACUUUACUUCUGUUUCUGUAAAGGGGCCAUCUGUUGUAGAUUAUUGCUUUACUCUGCACGAAAAUAUGAGUCAGUUUUCAGACUUUAAUGUGACAUUAACUUAAUAGUUGAUUAAAGAUAUUAGUGCAAUUUCUCCAUAUCUACCAGAUCAUUCAUUAUUGUCAUGGUAUAUUGAUACAAACUUCAGUACGGUUGAGGAUUGGAUGAAUACAGGUAGUUAGCAAUGAUAAGUUUGAUAUUAAAAGUGUGUCAAACCGAAUUUAUGAGCAGUCAGUCUGUUUAAGUCGAAAUUAAGAAUUUAUUUGUUAAACUUGAACAGAAUGUUGUUAAUAUAAACAGCAUUGCCUCUCUCUAUAUAUA